AGGUGAACUAUCGAUAUAAAUACACUGCAUAGUAUGUUAGAUUAAGUCUUUGUUUUUUAAAUCGCAGUUACACUGCGCCUUAUGAAAGUUUAAAGCGUUCCGACGCGCAUUUUGUUGAAAGACGAUUCCUUUGCCGACUGCACACAAUGGACCGCUACGCAGUUAGCUCUCUGGUUGGCCAAGGCUCCUUUGGCUGUGUAUACAAGGCGCAAAGGCGGGCUGAUGACAAAAUUGUGGCCAUUAAAGUCAUCUCAAAGCGAGGACGCUCGAAUCGUGAAUUAAAGAAUCUGCGCCGCGAGUGUGAUAUUCAGGCUCGCCUUAAAAAUCCGCAUGUCAUUGAAAUGGUUGAAUCCUUCGAAUCAAAAUUUGAUUUGUUUGUGGUCACAGAGUUUGCGCUAAUGGACUUACAUCGAUAUUUGUCCUUCAACGGUGCAAUGCCCGAGGAGGAUGCGCAGCGUGUUGUCUGUCAUUUGGUAUCGGCGCUCUAUUAUCUGCACUCAAAUCGCAUAUUGCAUCGGGAUCUGAAGCCCCAAAAUGUGCUGCUGGACAAGAAUAUGCACGCAAAGCUGUGUGACUUUGGGUUGGCACGCAACAUGACAAUGGGCACACAUGUGCUGACCUCCAUUAAAGGCACACCACUAUAUAUGGCACCGGAACUGCUGGCUGAGCAGCCGUAUGAUCAUCAGGCAGACAUGUGGUCACUGGGGUGCAUUGCAUAUGAGAGUAUGGCGGCACAGCCGCCGUUCUGUGCAACUUCCAUACUGCAUUUGGUGAAGCUGAUCAAGCACGAGGAAGUCAAAUGGCCAAGCACGUUGAGCAGCGAGUGCCGUUCUUUUUUGCAGGGUUUGCUCGAGAAGGAUCCCAGUAUGCGAAUCUCGUGGACGCAGUUACUGUGUCAUCCCUUUGUAGAGGGUAAGCUCUACAUACCCGAGGUGCAAGCCGCAACAAGUUCGCCUUUUAUCAAUCCACAAUUGACCAAGGACACUAAGAAGCCCCAGUCGCAUACGAGACAAAUUGGCGCCGAUAUGGUUGAUGUUUUGGCUGCGCUAAAGCUGAGCGAUGUGGCCAACGAAAACUUGAGCACAUCGCGUGACAGUAUCAAUGCCAUUGCUCCAAGCGACAUUGAACAGUUAGAAACCGAUAUGGAGGAUAAUGUGCAGCGGAUGAUUGUGCCAUUUGCUGAUGUAUCGUACAGGCAAAUGCCUAGCCCAACUGCUGUUACUCCUGCACCAGCUGGUGGUGGUGGUGGUGGUGGUGCAGUGCCAUUAAUUAAUUCACAUACCUGCUUUGUUAGCGGAAACUCGAAUAUGAUACUCAAUCAUUUUAAUGAUAAUUUUGCUAUGGAAGCGCCUGUCGCAAGUGCAACAAAAUCGAUGAAGUCCAAGUUGAAGAUGGCGCUCAAUAUAAAACAGUCGCGUAGCAAGGAUCUGGAGAAGCGCAAGCUUAGCCAAAACUUGGAUAACUUUUCACUGCGCCUAGGUCAAAGCAUUGACGCAGAAGUUAGACGUAAAACAACAGAGAUGCUCACACAGCAGUCACAACAAUCUCUGCAUCACCAGCAGCAGCUGCAUCUGCAAGAGAAAAAGUCACAACAGCUGAAGCAAUCAAUACAUUCCACCAACGAUGAUAAAUUGAGUAGCGAUAAUUCGCCUCCUUGUCUGUUACCCGGCUGGGACAGCUGCGAUGAAUCUCAGAGUCCACCCAUCGAGAAUGACGAGUGGUUGGCAUUUUUGCAUCGCUCCACACAGGAGCUGCUGGAUGGCGAAUUCGAUUCGCUGCGGCAACACAAUUUGGUGAGCAUCAUUGUGGCCCCACUGCGGAACUCUAAGGCCAUACCCAAGGUGCUACGGAGUGUGGCGCAGCUGUUAUCGUUACCAUUUGUGCUGGCCGAACAGCAUUUGGUGACGGACGCCAUCAAGAUUGUUUACAUUGAUGUUAAGCUUGUGCCCAAUCUGAUGUACGCCUGCAAGCUACUCCUUUCGCAACGCCAGCUUACAGACUCGGCUGCUUCAAUGCCAGCCGCAACUGGCGUCUCGCUGAGUCGAACGCUGCGUAGUGUCUCCGACUUGAGUGCCGAGGAGAUGAGCACCGCCUGCAGUCUAUACGAGUUGGUCUGUCACCUGGUGCAUCAGCAGCAGCCGUUUCUCAGUCAGUUUUGCGAUGCAGUCGCGAUACUCGCCGUCAACGAUAUGUUUAUUAACUUUCUUACACAUGACUGGAAAGAUAGCAGCGCGGUGCGUCUGGCAUGCUGCAUGCUGGCUCUGUUCUGUUGUGUUUUGCGUGAGCUACCCGAGAAUGCAGAGCUGGUCGAGAAGAUUGUUUUUGAUCCGCGGCUGCGCCUGGCCCUUCUACUUCAGAGUCGCCACCAGCUGUUGCGUCAGCGCGCCUGCCAAAUGCUUUUGCUACUGGCACGCUUUAGUCUUCGUGGCGUUCAGUAUAUCUGGAAUGAGGAGCUAAAAGGAGCGUUGCAGGCGCUGGCCGAGCAGCAGACGAAUCAAUCACUGCGAAUGGAAGCCGCCCAGACGCUCGAAGAGCUUAGUCAGUUUAGUUUUUUUGUUGCCUAGGCAACUUCUUGAAUUUUAUUACUAAAUGUGCUUGUGCUUGUGUAUUUGCUUGUACUUGUUCAAUAAACUAUAAUCCGUGUUUAGCCAAA